AUGCUGAUCAUCUACCACCUGGACGGGCAGGAGACGCCGUACCUGGUGAAGCUGCCGCUGCCCGCCGAGCGCGUCACCUUGGCGGACUUUAAGGGCGUCCUGCAGCGGCCCAGCUACAAGUUCUUCUUCAAGUCUAUGGACGACGAUUUCGGAGUGGUGAAGGAGGAGAUCUCAGAUGACAAUGCCAAGUUGCCCUGCUUCAAUGGCCGGGUGGUGUCCUGGCUGGUGUCAGCUGAAGGCUCACACCCAGAGCCAGCUCCCUUCUGUGCUGAUAACCCAUCGGAGCUGCCACCUCCCAUGGAGCGCACAGGAGGCAUUGGGGACUCCCGGCCUCCAUCCUUCCACCCUCAUGCUGGUGGGGGCAGCCAGGAGAACCUGGACAAUGACACAGAGACGGACUCCUUGGUGUCUGCCCAGCGGGAGCGGCCUCGCAGGAGGGACGGCCCAGAGCACACAACCCGGCUAAAUGGAACUGCAAAAGGGGAGCGGCGGCGAGAACCAGGGGGUUACGACAGCUCGACUACCCUCAUGAGCAGCGAGUUGGAGACCACCAGCUUCUUUGAUUCCGAGGAGGAUGACUCCACCAGCAGGUUCAGCAGCUCCACAGAGCAGAGCAGUGCUUCACGCCUGAUGAGAAGACACAAGCGGCGGCGGCGGAAGCAGAAGGUUUCCCGGAUUGAGCGGUCCUCAUCCUUCAGCAGCAUCACGGACUCCACUAUGUCACUCAACAUCAUCACGGUCACGCUCAACAUGGAAAAGUAUAACUUCUUGGGCAUCUCCAUUGUGGGCCAAAGCAACGAGCGUGGUGACGGAGGCAUCUACAUUGGCUCUAUCAUGAAGGGUGGGGCCGUGGCUGCUGAUGGACGCAUCGAGCCUGGAGAUAUGCUGUUACAGGUAAACGAGAUCAACUUUGAGAACAUGAGUAAUGACGACGCAGUCCGGGUACUGCGGGAGAUUGUGCACAAACCAGGGCCCAUCACCCUGACUGUAGCCAAGUGCUGGGACCCAAGUCCACGUGGUUGCUUCACAUUGCCCAGGAGCGAGCCCAUCCGGCCCAUUGACCCUGCGGCCUGGGUCUCCCACACUGCAGCCAUGACUGGCACCUUCCCUGCCUACGGCAUGAGCCCCUCCCUGAGCACCAUCACCUCCACCAGCUCCUCUAUCACCAGCUCCAUCCCUGACACAGAGCGCCUAGACGACUUUCACCUGUCCAUCCACAGUGACAUGGCUGCCAUUGUGAAAGCCAUGGCUUCCCCUGAAUCCGGGCUGGAGGUCCGAGACCGCAUGUGGCUCAAGAUCACUAUCCCCAACGCUUUCAUCGGCUCGGAUGUGGUGGACUGGCUGUACCACAACGUGGAAGGCUUCACUGACCGGCGAGAAGCCCGCAAGUAUGCAAGCAACCUGCUGAAAGCUGGCUUCAUCCGCCACACUGUCAACAAGAUCACCUUCUCCGAGCAGUGCUACUACAUCUUCGGUGACCUCUGCGGCAACAUGGCCAACCUGUCCCUCCACGAUCACGACGGCUCCAGCGGUGCCUCUGACCAGGACACACUGGCCCCUUUGCCGCACCCGGGGGCUGCCCCUUGGCCCAUGGCUUUCCCCUACCAGUACCCGCCACCCCCGCACCCCUACAACCCGCACCCAGGCUUCCCGGAGCUGGGGUACAGCUACGGCGGGGGCAGUGCCAGCAGUCAGCACAGUGAAGGCAGCCGGAGCAGUGGCUCCAACCGCAGCGGCAGCGACCGGCGGAAAGAGAAAGACCCGAAGGCUGGAGACUCGAAGUCAGGUGGCAGCGGCAGCGAGUCGGACCACACAACCCGCAGCAGCCUGCGGGGGCCCCGGGAGCGGGCGCCCAGCGAGCGCUCGGGGCCUGCCGCCAGCGAGCACAGCCACCGCAGCCACCACUCGCUGGCCAGCAGCCUGCGCAGCCAUCACACGCACCCGAGCUACGGCCCCCCUGGCGUGCCCCCUCUCUACGGCCCCCCCAUGCUGAUGAUGCCCCCACCGCCCGCGGCCAUGGGACCCCCAGGAGCCCCCCCAGGCCGUGACCUGGCCUCGGUGCCCCCCGAACUGACUGCCAGCAGACAGUCCUUCCGCAUGGCCAUGGGAAACCCCACCAAGAAUUUCGGGCUGUUUGACUUUCUGUGAGCCCCCAGCGAGGGGAGGCCCAGUCUCCGAGGAAACCAGGAACCCUGCUUCAACAGCCCCUCAGGGCUUCCCGAGGAUAUGCAGCCCCCACACCCACACUUCAGCAUGUUGAGUCACUAGGCUUCUGGGGAGGGCUCCAGCCCUUUGCCCAUAUAUGAGGGACUGUUCGCCUUUCCAGAGAGUGUGCGUGCUCUCUCUCUUUCUCUAUCACACACGUGCACACACACAGGUGCCUAUGCAAGUCCAAUUAAGCCUCAGGGCUGGUCCCUGCCCAGAGGGCUGGCCCUCUCUCUCCCAAUUUUUUCCCAGGUUGUGGGGCUGGUCCCCUGACUUACCUCUAUCCUUCCUCCCCUUCCUCAUAGCCCUUAAGCCUCCCCAUGUCCCUAUCAUCAUCCUACCUGGAUAAAGCCCAUAUGUGGGGCUCAUCAGAGGACUCCCCAGACAACGAGCAGGCUGUUCUCACCUUGCCCCCUGCAUUGCACACUUUUUCCUGUUUUCACAUCACCAUGAUACCCCAGAGCAGCGGUUCUCAACCUGUGGGUCACGAACAAGAAAAUACAUCCUGCAUAUCAGAUAUUUACAUUACGAUUCAUAACAGUAGCAAAAUUACAGUUAUGAAGUAGCAACGAAAAUAAUUUUAUGGUUGGGGGUCACCACAACAUGAGGAAUUGUAUUAAAGGGUCGCAGCAUUAGGAAGGUUGAGAACCACUGCCCCAGAGCAUGAUUGGGCAAGGGGAAUUCUGGGAGUGUCAGGUUUUUGUUUUUAACCUGUUUUCUACUUUAAACAAAUUAUGACUUUAAGCCUCUUCUAUAAAUUCUUUUGGCUCACUUGGGCUCCCAUAUUUUCAGAACUGGGGUGUCAAGAGAUGAAGUACUAAAUUCCAGGCUUUGGGGCAAACCAGGGAAGGGGCAUUUGGCAUUCAUUUAAAUACUUUGUGGGUUUUUUUGUGAGUGAAGGCUACAUUGGAAAUUUGACUCACUCUUGCCUGCCUUCUAGCAGCUCUAGUUUGCUCCCAACCCAGACCAUGGCUUCCUCUAGCCACCUGGGAGGAGGGCUGCCUCCUAUACUUCUCUUUUUUUUCUGACUCUGCCAUGUCCAACUUUCUUGAGAAUACUUCCACUAUUGCUCAUGCCUUCAGUGUUGGUGCUCCCUGUGUUCUGUCUUCAAUCCACUUCUCUUUCCUAUUUACUCCCCAAAUGGUAUCAUCCAUCAGGAGGUCCUUACCUGCCUUUGAUAUGCUGGGGGUUCUCAAAUAUAUCUCUCCAUCCCCAAUUUCCUCCAA